CAUGAAACGGUUCAGUCAGUCGCGACGUUUCCAGCGGUCUACACGCUAUUUAAAUAUUAGUGAAGUGAACCUCAGCUUUAUUUUGGGUAUUUUUCGAGGUGCUAUUCUGGAACGAAAGUGUUAUUCUGUUUAAAAACUAAGAACAACGAAGGUGUUUUGGGAGCGAGAUGUUGAAGUAUAUUCUGCUGGUUUCUCUGUUUGUGGCUUUUAGCCACGCACAAUCGAAGGUUCCCGUCUAUGUUUACUACGAAUCCCUCUGUCCGGACAGCGCCAAGUUCAUCAACCAGCAGCUCUAUCCGGUAGCCAAGCAGUUCAAGGACAACCUGGAUCUGAAGUUGAUUCCGUUCGGCAAAUCCAGCUACAGGACGCAGGGAUCGGAUGUGCUGUUCGAGUGUCAUCACGGCCCGAAUGAGUGCCACGGGAACAAGGUGCACGCAUGUGCCCUGUAUCACAUCCAGGGAAACUCCUUCCAACCGAACAACACCAAGGAGGUGCUGACUCUGGAGUACGUGAACUGUCUGAUGGAACGUGCCCAGCUGAAGUCUGGCGAGUUCCCCGGCAAGGUGUGCGCCGAUAUGGUUGAGAUUCACAACUGGGAAACUAUCGAACAGUGUGCCAAUAACACCGAGGGAAGUGGUCUGUUGAAGAACUACGGAGAUGAAACCGCCAAAUUGCAGCAGCCUCUGAAGAGCGUGCCGACCAUCGCCUUCAGACAGAGCUUCGACAGUGACAACCAGAAGUUAUCGUUGGAGAACUUCCGGGCAGCUUUGUGCAAAAAUUUGAGCCCUUCACCAGUUCAGUGCCGAAACCUUCCGGGCAGUGCCCCGGCGAUUGCCUCCGUUGGACUUGUUACCAUUGUAUCUGUGAUUCUCACUCGUCUCUUCUAGCUUCCUUAAAUUAAGUAGAGAUGUGAGAUGCUUUCACCCUUCAACACUCCGUCCAUAGUUGUAAAAGUAUUUCGAAGACUCCAAGUAUUUGACAGAAACAACAUUGUUAAGAGUUUGUGUACUAUUAUUAUUGAAAGUGUUGUACAAACAAAACACGACAUAAAUUUGAAAAUAAAUUGAUGUUACUUAUCUUAA